CGCCAAUUCUUGCCUCGUUCUUGGCAACUCCAAUCAACCCACAACCACACAAACACACACUGCAGCCACACAACACGACGCGUCUCUUGUUGAGAGAAGCAAACCAACGACCGCCCAAGUGAGACUGUGUGAGACAGGAAACAUCGCUGUGAUCGCGAAGGAAGUGCGGUUUAGAGAGCAAGGCACGGCCGGCCCUCAUUCGCAGCAACAGCCACACAAGCAGCGAUGGAGGCGCCACUGAGGGCGAAGCCUGCCGCCAUCGUUCACGACAGCUUGAUUCCGGAAGCAACAACAUCACGCAUCACGCUGCAGAACGUCGGGCCUCGCAUCGUGCGAGUAGAGCUGGCACAAGAUCUUUCCAAGGAUGUGCGGGCUGCUUUUGUCAAGGGAGAGGCAGACUUUGUUCAGCUCGCCCCUGGCGUGAGCAUUGAUGUGGACGUUGCAACACACGUGAGCCAGGAGCUUGAGGAUGCUGUGCAUUUCUUCGUGGACGGCGAGAUGGAGUUCCAGGUGCCCGUGGUGUACACGGCCCCGCGUGCGAAGGUGAAGGUGGAUGCGCCCGUUGACUUUGGCGACGUGAUGGAGGAUGGGGAGGUGCACACCAAGUGGACCCGCCUCGUCAACGCCGGCAACGCACCGGCCCCCUUUCGCCUCCUGACAAGAGAGCUGCACGAUAAGCGUCUUCGCGUCAUCCCAGAGUCUGGCACGCUGGCGCCCGCCGGCACUGAGGGCGAUGACCAGAUGCUGCGCGUGGAGUUCACAGCGACAGGCACAGACAUGUGCUGCGAACAGCUGGGCGUGCUCGUGGGCGAUGAGGUGCAGACGGAGCUCGACAUCCAAGCCAGCGUGCUUGGCCAGUCGCUCUAUCUCGCCGAUCCCGUCACGGGCAAGCGGGUGACAUCGCAUGACCUCGGGUGCAUCUACUACGGCACAGAGCGCCCCUUCAAGGUCAUCAUUGUCAACGACAGGCCCGCCGACACCAUGUUUGUCGUGCAGCCCGUGAGCCACCACGCGUGGUUGUACACCGCCAACGGCCGUGAGCCGUGCUUCUCCUACGCCAGCGCCUCCGACAUUGUCGCGCCAGUGCCGGUGGACGGCCACCUCACCACAAACGAGCGACGCGUGUGCUCGUUCAUCUUCCAGCCGUCGCUCUCCGUGGAAGAGCUGCAGGCGCCAAACUGGCACGAGCUGCCGUAUGCCGCGCGGCGCGAUUUUCGCUGCAAGUUCAAGCUGAUUGGUCUGAACACAUCCCUGGCACACGAGAUUGAGUUUACGGGGUCUGCUGUUGUGCCCACGUUUACGCUCGCCCCAACAAUCCUCAAGUUUGACGACUGCCUCGUUGGCGAGAAACAGGAGAUGGCUGUGACGCUCGGCAACACGUCCAAGCAGCUGCCUCUCUCCUACGAUGUGGACCGCGCUGCACACUUUAGCGCCUCGCCCGCCAAAGGGCUCCUCCUCCCCGGGCAGACAGCGGACAUCAUGGUUGCAUUCACUCCCCACCAGCCUGGUCGUCUCAGGACAAACCUCGCCGUCAACAUUGGCCACGGCACCGUCAAGGCUUCCAUCCUCGCUGACGGCACUGGAGUGAUGGGCCGGCGCGAUGAGUUGGCACUGCGCUCGGCGAGACGAACAAUGUCCCGCUUCAGUGCAAAGCCAGUUCCGGAGGGCCACAUGCCUAAGAACGCUCCCCUGGACACGGGCAACAUCCAACGGAGCCUUUACUCUCAAACGCAGAUGCGCAAGGCCAGCCGCAGUGCGCGCCUGCGACCCCUGCCCACCAUCCAGGUGACGACCACAACCCCGGCCACGCCCACCAGCCGCGCUGUUGCUAAACGCGUGAAGCAGCGCACGUCAUCGUUCCGUCCGGCACCAACGAAAACGCCCACGUUUGCGAUUGCACCACGCGAUCUGCAGCAGCUGGAGUUUCUGCCCGAAGACAACAUCGAUUUUGGUCGCGUCUGCGCGUACUCGCAGCUUGUGCGCAAGAUCACCUUCCACAACACGCUGGCGGCGGAGCUGACGCUGCAGGUUGGCUGUGCGCGGUCUGAGUUUGCAGCCACUGUCUCGCCCACAACAGUGCAGCCGGGGGAAGUUGCCACCAUCACCGUCAACAUGCAGAACAUCGACCACCAAACCCCGCGUUCUCUGAAGACGUCGGUGGUGCUACUGGUGAACAAAGUCCACGAGUUGCACAUCCCCGUGCAGGCAGAGGUGGUCCCGUUUGAACUGCAAGUCGACAGGGCCGAAAUCAAACUGUCCUGCGGAUCCUGUGUCCGCCAGCCACGCCCCUGCACGUUUAUGUCUGUGACGAAUCCGUUUGGGCGCGACGCGCGUUUCUAUUGGGAGGCAACGGCGGUCAAAGCAGGGCAGCCCGUGGACGAUGUCACCGCAUUCCGCGUCGAUCCACCGGAGGGUGUGCUUGGGCCGCUGUCCACGGCAAAGGCGCAGGUCACGCUCAGCCCUGAUGCGUACGACACAAACACGCAGUACACACUUCGCCUCAAUGUCGAGCACAGCGACGAGGUCAAGACGGUUGCGUGUCGCGCGUCGUUUGCGCAUUCGCGGUGCAGUUUCAAACAGAGUCGCACAUCGUUUGGGUCUCUCAGUCAGAACUCGCGCGCAGCCCAGACCACCCGCCUCUACAACGACGGGUCUGUCGAUGCCUACUUCCAGAUUGUCGACGUCUACAGCCAGUUCAAGCUGUCUGAGGUGUCCAUCACGCCCGCCAGCGGAUAUGUGCCAGCGCGCUCCUUCCGUGAAUUGCGCGUGACGUGUGCACCAACACGCGUUGGCAAGUUUGAUGCGACCAUUGUCGUCAACAUCAAGGGAAACGACACCCUCAAGCACAUCAUCACGGGCCAGGUUGUGCCCAUCAAGCUUGCCAUCAGCCGCGCUGACUUUGACUUUGAACGCGUUGCGCUGGGCCAGUUCCGCUCCCUCCCCUUUACCGUCACCAACAACAGCAACAGCCACGUCAAGCUCUCCUUCGACUUUGGCGAGCAGCUGGGUGGCUGCCUGUCCAUCCACCGAGAUAUUCUCGACACGACCUCCGUCUCCACCAGCGGGGUUGAGCUGGCACCGGGCGCAACCACGCCGCUGUAUGCCCGCUUCACUGCAACCGAAAUUGCCUCGCUCGCAGAGACAUUCACGGUACACGCAAACGGGAUUGAGGCACUCACGUGCUCCGUGCGCGCAACGGUGCUGUCGUCGCUUGUGCAGAUCUCGCCCACAGCCAUUGACUUUGGCCUGCUGACCCUGAGCGAGGAAGCAUCGAGGACCAUCACCAUCAAGCACACGGGCACGCUUCCGGUGCCGGUCAUAUUCGACUGCACGCAGCUGCACGCGCGUGGCAUCGUGCUUGUUGACGACAAGCUGCAGCCCUCGAAGGACAACAGUGACCAUCUCGUCUUGCACAUGACCAACGGGGAGCAGCGCGACGUGCUUGUGUACUUCAACCCAACUGCUCCGUUCAGCGCCAUUGACGCGGCGCUCAGCAUCUUUGUCGGCGAUGGCGCUGAGCCGUACGUGGAUAUCUCUGUGCGCGCAUCUCAGCUGCUGCCUGAGCUUCGGCUGUCGGAGAACACGCUGUCACUCGGGUGCAUUCCGCUCGGCAAGGAGAAGAUUGUGCCGCUGAAGCUGCACACCAUCGGCUACUCGGAGCCCGUUGAGCUGGACUUCACCUUCGAUGCGCCCCCUGUGCGCGCCAGUCGCGUGGGCGUGGCGGAGAGUGAUGACGGCGACAACGCCACAGCCAGCGCGCGGGUCAAGUCCACGAAGAGCCACCGCUCUGCAAAGUCUGCGCCAGCGCGACGAAAGGGCAACCCAGGCGCAAGCAAAACGCAUUCAGCACGCGGUGGGCGCAGUGGCGUCACCGCCAAGGCAUCUGCUGCUCCAACGGCGGCAACAAAACGCGUUUCGUUGCCCAAGGGGUCUGAAUGCAUUUCGGUGCUCUUCCCUGAGGGCAACGUUGCGCGCCCUUACGUGCCGCUCACAGUGCAGCUCCUCGUCCACUCGGACAGACCAGCGGACCUUCGUGAAACUCUGGUCAUCUACGACAACCACGCGCGCAGCACCGCUGUUGAGCUGACGGGCAUGAUUGACUCCACGGCCUUCUCUCGCGUCGUGGAUGAGCCAGAGGAUUCCAUCGCGUUCCAGUCAAUGCGCAUGACGCUGGAGCGAUACUUGCAGCUGUUCGGCCUUGAUCACGAACAGUACCUCGAGGUGCCCGCAUCGUUCACCCGCAAGUGCGGCUGGCUCCUGGCGGACAUCCUGCACCACCUGUCCCAGACCACCGUGCCCGAGCUGCCGCUCACUCGCCCAGAGACGCUGACUGUCGAGCAGCAGCGUGGGAUGAUGACGAAGAUGCUUCGUUUCCUGCAGCACCGCGGCGCGCUCCUGAGCAACGUCUCUGUGACCGAACUCAUCACGGCCGACAACACGCCCGCCCGCCUCAAGUCGUGGGUCACCGUCCUCGCCCAGGUUGCGCGGGUGCUGGUGCUUGGACUGCUGCCGCCGCUUCCUGGCGCCGACAAGCGUGACGAUGAGAGCGAUGGAUCCAGCGAUGCCAGCGGCUCUUCCCAGGCAGAAAUUGCACACCCCGCCACGCAGCUUGACAACCUGCGGGCGUGGGUGAACCACUGCGUGGAAGCGCGUGGAGUUGCUGCGCUGUCGGACGGAUUCGCAGACUUCACUGUUGAUUUGGCUGACGGCCUUGUGCUCGCUGACCUCAUUGUGCACCACGUCCCCGAGCUGGACACGCUUGACGACGACGUGUACCCCAAGGCCGACACACAGUGCAAGCAGCGUCAUAACGCCAUCUGUGUUGUGCAGGCGUUGCAGCAGCUGCACAUGAAUUUGAGUCUCGACAGCGAAGACAUCUGCCAGCCAACAGAGGCGUUCUCCAUCCUCGCUCUGUGUCGCCUUGCCACCACCCUCCCAAAGUUUGCGUGCGAGCCGACCCUCCUCACGACGCAAGGCACGGUUGGCUCACAGCUGUGUGUUGACUUCCCGCUGACAAACGACUACACAGAUCGCUACAUGGUGUUCAACACCCUCUGCUUUGGCUCCUCAAAGUUUAUUGUUCCAGACAAGAUCAAAGUUGAGGCUGGCAACAGCGUGACUGUGACGUGCAAAGUGAGCUCGGUGACAAGUGGGCAGCAUGCCAUCACCGUGUAUUGCAUCGGCCGCGCAAAGAACCGCACAGAGAUGUUCGUGCGCAAGUUUGAACUUCGUGCCACCGUCGCUCGCACGCCAACAAAUGCUGCGCUGACCAUGGAGGCCAAGUGCUACCACCAGCUCACAUCGCGUCUCACCGUGUCGCGUCCGUCACGCUCGUCAACAGCGUGCACCAUCAAGACGCUUGAGCUGGAUGAGGACGGGGAGGUGUUGCAGCCGCACUGCCCGUCAUUCUGGGUGGAGCAGAACGACGUGGUGUUCGACGCAGCCACGCCCCAAACCACCCUCACCGUCAACUUCCUGCCCACGCGGCUUGGAACGCAUCGACUGUGCAUUGUCGUCGCGGACCCAAAGUCCGGACGGGAAAAAAUCUACGGUGUGGACGGGAUUGCGCUGACACCAGAGCCACUGCGCUCGCUCUCGUUUGCCACGCAGCUGCAGAAGGCGACGCCGUUCACGGUGGAUGUGCCGUACACGAACGACGCGCGCCGGAAAGCGCUGUCCCGCAUCUCGCUCGCCACGUCGUCGCUCACCAACCUGCCUCCCACCAAAGCACGCCAGCCCAUCCUCGUCCCGCAGCCCGUGGACUUGCACGUGGAGGUGAAGGGCUGCCCGUUUGUGCAGGUGCCAGACACACUCACGCUCGAACCAGAACCGUCACCAGACGCAACAGCGACCUCGGCUGCGGCAGCAAAGGCAGCGGCAACGCGCACGACGCGUGCGAGACGCGCGUCGACCAUGGCGAUGAUGGAGAACCCACGCCCGCUCACGCUCCUCUUCCAGCCCGUCGCUGCGGGCUCGUACACGUUUGACGUGCACCUGACGGGGCCUGAGGAUGUGCGCGUGUACCGGGUGCAUGUGGAUGUGACGGAGACGGUGACGCUGGACGCAACAACAGACACGGCUGUCGGCACAUCAUCGGGCGUGCCGCUGUGCAUGCACAACCCGUGCGACACCACCCACGAUUACGAGAUUGCUGUUGACGGGGACGUGGACGCGUUCCAGUGCCCAAGCACGCUCACCCUCGAGCCGCACCAGCAGCACACCAUCAUGGUCACGUUUGCGCCGUUGAAGCAGGGCGAACACCGUGUGGUUGUGCGUGUGUUGGACAAGCACACAAACGUGGAAAGCCAGUACAACAUCACCGGCCACGCGCUGCCUGUGCCCGAUGAGUCAUCACGAUCGACAUCGCCGCGCGUUCGCUCUGCUGUGAGCGCACGCAAAGGCCGGCCCGUGCGCGUGCAUGCGGAGGUGUGGGACUCUGCACAGUUCCGCAUCAAGGUGCGCAAUGACACGCCCCACGCCAAGACGCACAGCGUGUCGUUCUUCUCCAAUGAUGUGCUCUCUGACGAGCUGGUGUAUGACAUGGAGGUGGAGGUUGCUGCGCGGUCGACGGAAAAGGUGUCCUGUGAAUACUUUCCUGUUCGAGCGGGUGAUUUCCGCGGCGUGCUGCUCAUUGAGGACGUGCAAGGACAGGCGCUGGAGGUGCCGAUCCGCUUCACCGCCAACCGUGCCGAGCCUGUUGUGCUCCCUCCCAUGGCGUGCGCGCUGUCAUCGUCAUCGGAGGUGGUUGUCCCCAUCUCAAACCCAAUCAGCGAGGACAUUGUUGUCGCAGUGGACGGCGAAUCCCUGGACGCCAACGUCGUCUUCACCCCAAUGCAGGUUCCGCUGCGGGCACACGGAACGGGCGAGGUGCUGCUGACGUUCACCCCAGAGAAGGCGUUGGUUGACAACGUGGUUGACCCCGACGAGCCUGUGACGCAGGUGAAGCAGAUCAUGCUCACGGGUACGCACGGCAUCACGUGGCACUACGUCCUGCCUGUGACGGUGUUCCCAGGCGCCAUGGGUGAAGGGGACCAGCUAGAGGAGGGAGAUGGGAGCCACAGCAGGGGCUCUGUGGGCAGUGGCGUGUGGGCACACAAGGCACAGGUUGUUCCUGUUGUAUGCGGGGAGGAGAAGUUGUUUGAGAUUGAGAUCAACAACAGCGAUGCAGAGCGCCCACGCACAUAUGUGCUUGAGGUACAGCAGAAGGACCCGCAGUUUGGUGCACUCGCCUCUUUUACCACGCUCCGCAAGUCCCACAAAAUCAAAGUCCCUCCACAAUCGACCAAGAGCAUACCCAUGUGCUUGCAGGCAAAACACAUGUGCGCACACCACGCCGUCAUCAAAGCGCGCCCCGCAGACGAUGCUGCCGCAAAGGACAAGACAUGGCAUCUUGUUGGCCUUGCACAGCCAUCUAAACCGUGCAAAGUCGGCGUUGUCAAGUGUAUUGUUGGUGAACCAAUCACGCGGACGUUUGCCGUGUCGCUGGUUGAUGCGGCGCCAGACUUUGACAUGUCUCGACUCGACGUUGAAUUGGACGGCUUUGAAGCCUUUGAUGAGGCAGCAUGCUCGGUUGUUGACGAUGAGGGCACGACCCUCAAGUGCCAGUGCACGUUCCAGUGCUCGCGUGUGGGCCGACACGAAGGCGUGCUGCACGUUUAUCACCGUGAUGGGUUCUUUUGGGAGAAACCGAUUGUGGUGCAUGCGCGCGCCAAGAUCCUGGACACAAUUGAGAUUCAGUCGGCGGACCUCCUUGGUGUCGAUUCGACAACGCUCGUCGUUCCGCAGGAUGUGCUUGAAGCUGGCGCGUACACGGUGACAAUGGCACCAGAACGCAAGAGCCUAUGGACAAGCGUGUUUGACGGCGUGGUGGAGGACGUCAGGGAAGGGCUUGAGAUUCCGCUGUUCUUUGAGCCGGCAACAAGCACCGGUGUGGAGGAGGCGGAGCUGCGUGUGUGUUUUGAAUCGGGCAACGAGAUUGCGUUCACCGUUCGUGGCAAGAAGCCAGGCCUCUGCACCACCAUGGCAUCAUGAUGUGGUGUGUGUGUGUGUGUGUGUGUGUGUGUGUGUGUGUGUGUGUGUGUGUUUGUUUUUGUUUUUUUUUUUUGUGUGUGUGUGUGUGUGUGGUGUGUGUGUCUGCCCUCCUCUCUCUCUGUUUGUGUAUGUGUGCUGUAGAGCUCAUAGGAUGGAUGAAUGCGUGUCAACAACAUUAUCCGGCCCCAUGUACACACAAGUUCAGUUUUUGUUUUGAUUGCACCUGUUGUUUCGCACCAGGCAAACAAAUGAGCAACAACCAAA